AUUUGGAAUGUGAAAGGGGAAAUGGAGUCGUUUAUCCUUGGCUAUUUUCUUCACAUUCACACCGAACAUUGCUGCGACAUGAUCACAUAUUCUUCCAAUGAUUAUACUGACAACAACUACGGUACCUACAGAGGGGAUUAUGGGAGCUUGCCCGGGUAUCAUAUCUUCAAAAAGGGCGUUGAUAUCCGGUUUUUGACCGAUGGAAAUGACGAGGAGUAUCGAGGAUUUGCUGCUCGAGGAGUGGCUCUGAAACCUUAUGCAGCUCUUUAUGAUGACUUUGUGGUGAAAGGUGGGAUGCUGGGCCUUGAGUUUGAGGCCACUCAUGAAUUAGAACAGAUCAAACUGUGGCGGAAAAGCACAUCAUCAGGAAUAGGCAGUUUUAACAUACAUUCAAAGUCUGGAAAACAAGUUCAGCUGGUGAUCACCUACUUGGAUAUGAAGUCGACACCAAACUGUACCAAUGACUUCAUUACUGUAUACACCCAUGGGGAUGAUUCUGAUGGCAAGAGACUGCUACACGCUUGUCGUGACAGGGUUUCGGCGGUACACAUUGAGGUUAUCUCCCUUAAAAGUUCCCUAUACGUGGAGUUCAGAUGCGGGAAUAAUAUUGAGUACACCGAGGGAUUUUGUGCGGUCAUCAACUUCAGUGAAUAUACUUCGUCUAACAUUGCAGGUUGUUUACAGUUGCCCUCCUUCCACGAACUGGUCAGUGAUAAAAAUGGAAACAUCUCUUCAAAAUCAACAAUCAACAGUGCUGUCAAAAGUGGCUGGUAUUUUAAGUCUGAUGAUAAAGAUAUGAUGAUCACUUUUACUGUACAGAAGAAUGAGCUAAUUAAUUCUCCCAACUGCGUUGCCGAAAAUGUUAGCAUUUUCAUUGGCAAAGUCGGAUCCUGCCCACAGUAUGAUGCACCGGCAACCUAUUUUUGCGGAGGUACAAUUGGGGAGCUGUACACUGUACCUCCUGGACACAUAGCAGUCAUACAGUUCAACUCAGAACAACUCCCUACUGCUUUCCUAGCAGAACAUUCCUUGUCAUCAGAACGAGCAUUUUCUAUCCAAUAUUCAUUCACCAAACCAGUACUACAUAAAGACAAAACUGUUGUGUUGAUCAUUGUUUUGUCAGUAACUAUAGCUGGAGUAUUCGCGGUCACAGCAGCCACAGUGGCUGGCUGCAUGUACAUGGCACGGAAAAGACGGCUCCGACAUGGACGAAUUCUGCCAACAGAGCCCGGCGGAGGGCAAUCAUACCCAACUCAGAGCCCCCCACAUCACCAUCAGCCCCCGUCUUACCCUAUCCAAGAGAUGCAGCCAGUCCCUGUGGUGAUUCCAACGUCUCUGUACUCAGGGGGAGGAGCAGGGUUGGGAGUUGUCCCUUACAUCCCCUCCCCUUCCCAUACAGACCUUUAUAGCGAUUAUGCUGGGGUACCGCCUCCUGCUGUUUACAAACCACCGCCCUUCCAGCCUGACUUUCAAAGAACGACAUAAUCGUUGAAUAAUAUGUUCAGCUCAAACUGGUGACUGUGGAUUAAUUCUGCAAGGAUGAUUUAUUUCCAAAUCAAUCAUGUCACCAAUUUAAAGCUAGCAUCUUUUUAAGCCAGUUACUUUUUGGUGUGUUUAGGGCUAAUUCUCUGCUGCUGUAGGUUGUUAUAAGUGUGGAUGUCUGUUGUUACAUAUAUAGUUUAGUUUGAUUGUUUGAAGCGUUAUGAACCUAUCAACAGUAAAAUUGGUCAUCGUUACAUCAAAACUUCAGAUUUUGAUUUAGUAUUAUUUUAUAUAAUUGCAAAAUGUCAAAGGACUUAUGUUAACAUGUACUGCCAAUAAAAAAUGCACUUAAAUAGUGUGAUUUAAACGUGAAUUUCAGGUUAAGGAUAAAUACUUAAUUUUCAACUAAACAGUCGGAUCAGGUCAGGAAAUAUUGAAACAGUAACAAGUUUGUGUAAUACUGCACUGUUUUUCAAACCAUGUAAAUACUGUUAUUCACUAAUUGUGUGGUUGUUCAGUAGAAUUUCCAAUGUUUUAAACCCUAAAUAAAUAUUA